UCAUCCAGACUCACCUGCCAGUCAAAAAGUGAGCGUCUGCAACCGCGGACGCGUCGCAAACAGAUACCAGUGCUAAAAACAGUUGCGAGAGAUUCGGCUGCUGACGCAAAAUAAGAUUUUGUAAAUACGAUUUGAGAGACUUCGCGAGAUUUCAAGGUACAAACUCACCCUCAGGGACGAUGGGCAAGGAGGAAAAGAAGGACGCUGGAUCGCAGGAGAACCUCGACAAUGAGGAGGAGGAGAGAGGCACCUGGGGGAACCAGUGCGAGUUCUUCCUGUCCUGUCUGGGAUACGCCGUAGGAUUCGGCAACGUCUGGAGAUUCCCUUACCUCUGCUACAAGAAUGGAGGAGCCGCGUUCCUCAUCCCCUACGCCGUCAUGCUGUUCUGCGCAGGUCUACCACUCUUCUUCAUGGAGCUUGCUCUCGGACAAUAUGCCAGUUUGGGACCAAACAUCAUAUUCCCCAAAAUUGCUCCAUUCUUUUCUGGUCUUGGAUGGGGCAUGAUUAUCGUGUCCCUGUUGGUUGCUAUAUAUUACAACAUAAUCCUGGCUUGGACCAUCUUCUACACCUUUGCUUCCUUCACCAGUGAACUGCCAUGGGGUCAUUGUAACAAUGAUUUCAAUUCCAUUGGUUGUUUCACAGAGGAUGCAUCCGCAAACUGCCGGAACCAGUCCAUGUUUUACUACAACAAAACUUGCAUUUCUGUCGAUGACCUCUGCAGUUUUGGGAGUCUAAUACCUUAUGAUGAAGAUUCCUGCGCUGACCCUGGUAAUUCAAGCUAUAUUGUUAAUGCCGAGUCAGUUGUCAACAGAAUAUCUGCCAGUGAAGAUUAUUUCAAGAAUAGAAUGUUGGGGGUCACUGGAACCAGCUGGGAGAACUUGGGAUCCAUGCGCUGGGAGCUCGUAGGCUGUCUGGCUCUGGCAUGGAUCGUUGUGGGACUCUGCAUGAUCAAGGGCGUCAAGAGCUCUGGGAAAGUCGUCUACUUCACUGCUCUGUUCCCUUACGUCGUGCUCCUCAUUCUAUUCGUCAGAGGAGUGACCCUUAAUGGAGCUUACAAGGGCAUUGAAUUCUACUUCUUGAAGCCAAACAUAACUCGUCUGACAGAGACAGAAGUCUGGAAUGACGCUGCUACUCAAAUUUUCUACUCACUAGGGUCUUCAUUUGGAGGCCUGAUUACUCUAGCAUCUUAUAAUAAAUUCAAAAACAAUUGUAUGAGAGACGCUAUCAUCAUUUCAAUUGCAAACUGCAGCACUUCAGUUUUUGCUGGCUUCGUCAUCUUUAGUAUUUUGGGAUUCUUGGCCACAGAACUCGGAGUCGAAGUUAAGGAUGUAGUUGAUUCCGGUUCUGGUCUGGCCUUUGUUGUGUAUCCAGCUGCCGUGACACGCAUGCCGGUGCCACCUCUCUGGUCCAUCCUCUUCUUUGCUAUGUUGAUCACCCUGGGUCUCGAUUCUCAGUUCACGAUGGUGGAGACCCUGUCAACGGCCUUAUUUGAUCAGUUUGAAAGUCUUCGCUCCAAAAAACCGUUAGUGGUGACAGUUUUGUGCUUAGCGCUGUUCAUCUGCGGUUUGACAAUGUGCCUCCAAGGUGGAAUAUACAUGUUUGAAUUAUUCAAUUGGUAUUCGGCUGGGCUGUCUGUUCUGAUUUUGGCCAUCACCGAAAUUGUCGUAAUACAAUAUAUUUUUGGAUUCAAGAAGUUCAUGCGCUUCAUAACUGAAGAAAUGGGGAUAUGGGUUCCCGCUCCACUUUAUGGUUAUUGGAUGGCCACUUGGACAGUGAUCACACCAGCGUCCCUCAUUAUCAUCUUCAUUUUGUCCAUCUACUACUACGUCCCGGCCUCCUGGGGAAGCUAUGUGUAUCCAGACAACAUACAGUCUCUUGGUUGGCUCUUGUUUGCAGUAUCUGUGGUGUUCAUUCCUCUGGGAAUCAUAUACACUCUCGUUAAGGGUGAACAUAAGGGUAUGGAUCUCUUCAGAGCCUUACCUGACUUCUGCCCCCACCAUAUAAGAAAGAUGCGUGAAACCAAGGGAUCUGCUACUAAUGGCCAGCCUGUAGGAGUCUUCAGGUACACAUACGAUAAUGAUGGCUACCAAGAGGGCGCUGCUAAGGUGUAUCCUAAACUCCCCGAGUCAGAAGACCCACCACCUUACAGCAACCACCUUUAAAGAGUCGAACGAAGAGCAAAGGACACAGUUUGAGGCAACCUACGCUUUUUAUGUCUUAAGAGACAGUGGGUUAAAGAAUAUUAAGCUCUGCUGGAGCUUUUGUAGUCAAGGACGUCCUUAAUCUAGAUUUUAUUUGCAGUGCCAAAGUAUAUCGUUGCAUUGCACCUUUGUCAGAUCGGGGUGAUCCUUGUAUUUAUAUUCCAAAAAUGUCAAAAAGCUUAUGUCAAAUAUUUGAAGUAUGAGUUCAUAAUUCUAAUGUCUUUAAUUAUGGUGCUUAAAGUACCUGGAAAGUUAUCAGGCGUGUCCAGUCAGUAUGUAAAAAGGAUUUACACGGAAAUUGUAACUAUUAUAAACUUAAACAGUGCGUCUAUGUAUAUACUACUGUAUAAUGAAAACGAGCAUCAAAUAUGUAAAUCGGCGCUCUAGGUUGGUUGUUCAUAAGAUAAAUAGUAUUACUGCAUUUGCGUAUUUGAGCAGGAAAGUGCUGUGUGAAGGUGACGAAGAGUUGACGCUAUUUCAGGUCACACGAUCCUGACUACUCAUCAAGAACAGAAGCUGCAUUUACGACAAACGUUCAGUUAGAUUCUCGCUCCUCCAACUGCUUUCUGAAUAGUCAGAUAUGUCGGAUUUGGUCCUUAUUGACAACUCUGGAGUCUAUUUAAAAUAUCUUCAACAUUCCAUUGACCAAAUUUCCUUCUUCCUUCCCGGCACAGUGUUUCCAUUAGAAAAUUCUCCUCUGUGAUAAGAAAGCACGACCGCAGUGUACAAUUUUUGCUGGCUUCCUGUAGCGAAGAAUGUCUUCCUGAACCGUGACAUCUAUUUCAGGUCUUCCUUUACAAGUAAAUUACUAGAUAGUCUUUCUUACUCCAAGAAUUAUGUGAAUUUAUUUGAAUUUCCCCAAGUAUUACGCAAUUGCCUUCAGACUGGUUUUCCCAGGUCGCUACUUCCAUUCAGUAACACCCACACAGUGUCAGCGAAAUGGCAGCCAAUCACACCCAAGUUCUGAAAUAAAACGUCACUUUUGGUAAGGCUGAUGUGAUAGGCAUUUCAUUAUGAGAAUCUGAUCGAACUGACCAACUGCGCAGGUAUAACAGUGCUGUGUUACAGUGGACCAAAGAGAUUUAAUUUUCAUUUUACUUUAGAAAAACUAAAUUUCUUUAGUUUCUAUGCUCAUUGCAGGUAAUGCUUAAGACAAGCGUUUGUCUCUAUCUCUUUGACUUCAAAACUGUAUAUGAUCUUACUACCAAUUUAUAAUUGGUAAUCACAUUUCCUUGAAAAAUAAGCAAUCUUCAGAUUUCAACAAUUUGCGAAGAAGAAUUAUAGGUGGAUUAGUUUUGUAUACAGUAUAAGUAUAACUACUUUGAACGGCAUACAUUAUUCGAAAUUAAUUUGAUGAACGAAUGCUUUGCGGAAAUGUCUUUCAAUCAAUGUCACGAAAUAAAUUCAGUUUAAUAGGAAGCUUGUGGACUGGGACAUCAACAUGAUGAGUGACUGAGGACAACUCUAGUAGAUUCACAUCACCCGUGCAUCUGAUGUCUAGGCCAGUCCCUUACGACGCUCCUGAUUGGCUGUUGACAAGCCAGUCACAGGGCUGGAAACUCUGUCACUCUCGAGUUGACCGAGAGUUUCCAGCCUGUGAUUGGCUUAUCAACAGCCAAUCAGGAGCGUCGCAAGGGAAUGGCCUAGACAUCAAAUGCACGGCGAUGUGAAUCUACUAUAGUAGUGAAACACCGUGUGUUCGUGGAGCUAGUAAACAGACAUUUUGUAACGAAUCUAAAGAAAGGUCAUAGUACACACUUUUAGUCAGCAAAUAUCAAAUGUAUACGAUAUGAGGACUGACAUGUUGGUAACCGGAACAGUUAUGUUUCAGACAAAAUGAACUUACUAGAAGUCACCCCAUGCGAUAUGAAAGCGAUACCUGCACUAGACCGAAAACUGAAAAAACUGCUUAAAAGAUUACGGAUUGCCGUAGACAGAAAUCGAAUCACAACUGCAACUCCCAUGGAAAGCACCACACCAAAAGGCUGCAACUAAAACGAACUUUUGAACCAAUAAUUCUAAUUACCAAGACGCUCAAUGAAAGAACUUACAUUUCAUGUACGACAUUACCAAUGAACAAGAAUCUUCCCAAAUCAGCAGCAUCUAGGAUUUCUGAAUACCAGCAAAUCUGCCAGCAACAGACUCACCCAAUGCCGUUUGUGAUCAACAGCCAAAGAUAUCAUAAGUUAUCACUAACUAUGACGGGUGUGACAGAACUUACAGCAGUUGAUCCAAGUCUGUAGGCAACUGUCCUUUAAAAUUUUAACUGGCCUUUAACUGUUGUGCAAAAUCAAUUGAGUUAUAUAAGGUAAAUAACCUUUAAAAAUGUGCUAUAAUAUAAUAUCUUUUUAAUGCUUUCAAAAAGUAUUUUUAUAGCUGUAUUCUGUGAUACUUAGCUUAGGAAACGGAGUCCAAGUGUUGUAUAAUAUUACCUUUUUGGAAAGUAGCUGAACUUAUUUGACGAUUGAGCCACGAAAACGAGGGUACAAAGUCUGUUUGCUUUUCAUGUAACACAAAUAUAUGUAUAAUAUAUAUAUACUAUAUAUGGUUUAUGCACCCAAGUUGUCUAUUUUAAAGUUAUACUAAAGUAGUUUGUAAUGCAGCGAAGUUUAUAAUAUAUUAUUUUUUACUCCA